AUGCCAAAGGUAAGUACUGUAUGGGGAGGAAUAAUCCGUACAGUAACCCGAUGUUUUGCAGAAAAUCAGCAUCUACACUGCUUUUGGUCAAUUCAUCGAAAUGAUCGAAGCAACCACAGCAACAAAUCAAAUUCAAGAAGAAACUGAAAAAGACACUGAUAAUUUGUUGUGUGAUUUCUUCACACUAAGUGAUUAUCAACAAAAUCUUUCAACUCUUCAAAUCCAAACUUGUCCAACUGUUGUUUAUGACAAAGCCGAUUAUUCAUUGUGUGAGAUUCGUAAAAUCAAAUCGUGCCCAAAUUUCAUUUUGCCACCAACUAUCAAAUGGCAAAUUCCAAUGGCUCUUUCAUCAACCGAUUCAUCAUAUUUCUUGAAUUUGGCAACACCAGCAAUGCUUCAAUAUUGGGAAGAUAUUCAAUCACCAAUUCCAACAACAAUUGAGACCCGAAAAUUGAAUGAUGCCACAUCGGAUAUGAUUUCAUUUUGGAAAAUUCAUGUUCAAUCGCGUCGCAAGCCAUCAGCUCAACAACAAGCUGAGCCAAAUAUCAUUGAACAAAUUUCGACUGAAUAUUUUGUGCCAACUCCAAUCAAUCCAUCGAUUUUUGAGAAAUUGAAUGGUGUUUUCGAAAAUACUUACAAAUCACCAAUCACUUCAUGGUAUCAAGAUAUGCAACGAUUGUUCGAUGAAAGUCCUGAUGUCUUCACAUCAUCAUUUUUGGAGAACUUCAAUCAAUUCUUCAGCCCAAAAUCGGAAGAAAAAGAUGAAUGGCCAAUUGGACCAUUGAACAAGGAUUCAACCGCAAAUCACAGUUUGAAUUGUCUUUGUUAUAAUUGCUGGAGACAGUCUGCCUUCACAAGAACUGCUCCAACAAAUGAAUGCUAUUCUUCAAAUGCUCCAACUCUUCCAGUUUUUGUCAAAAGUCCAGUUGAUUCUUUAAAUCUCUACAAUUGCGGCAAAAUCAGUCAAAUUGAUUCUGCAAUUGAUUCAGAAAAUGUUUCAACUUCUGGAAAUCAAGCUGACGCUGAAGACAGUGGUAAGAUCUUUUGAAUAUUCAUUUUUAUUCGGAGAACACUGUUUUUAAUUUUCAGAUUCUGACAGUGGAAGCACCCUAGACUUCUCGUCGGAUUCAGAAUCGACAGAUUCGACAAGCGGUUCAACAUUGGAUUUCUACAUCAGAGAAAACGAGUUGCUCACUGCGAAGACCAAAAUCCAAAAUGUUAUUAUCAAGAAAUUCAUGGCUUUGGUGGAUAUUGAUGAUGCUUUGAUUAAACUUAGAGAUGAAUGA